AUGCCUCCCACCGAUGCCUCAUCCUUGAAAUCAGGAGAGUCCGAUACUCCACCUCUAGCCAACACUGGUAGCCUUGAAGGAUUUAUUAAAUACCUGAGUAUACUGGCCUCAAGCCCUGAUUCUCAGUUUGCAGCUACCGUGCUUGGCGAGAUCACGAAACAGCGCGAGCAGAUUCAGUCUCAAGAUGAAGAGUUGAAGGAAAACAAAAUCACCAUCAACGGAAUGUUCAAAGCUAACCAGGAUGAAAAAUCAAAACAGCAAGAUUCUGCUUCGCAAAUUGAAUCCCUUCGUGCUACUGUUUACAAGAAAGAAAUCGAGAUUGCUGGAUAUUCGACGAAGCUGGGGUCUCUACAACAGGAGAUAGUCAAUCUAAAAGCAACUUGCUCCCAGGAGGCUGCGAAGGUCUCACAACAUCACCACUUUGCAAAAGAAUUCGAAGGAAAAGACAAGACGAUAGAUCAGAUGAAGACAGCGGGAUCGAAGUUGAAAUUAACGUUAUCUGCCGAGCAGCAAAAGAGCAAAGAGCUGGAAGCUGCCAAUGCCUCGAUGAGAACAGAGCUGCAGGAAAUCCGAGACCGUAUCCAGAAGAUGGAAGACUUCACUGUCCAAUGCUCGGACAUUGAUGAUGAUUAUGUGUAA